AUGUCUGGUGUGAGACUGGGUGGAGUUUUGAAAGAGUUGAGGAUUCAUUUGUGUCAGACAAGUAAACAAUCAGCUGGAGUACGAGAAUUUAUUCAACAAAACUAUGUAAAUAUCAAGAAGGACAAUCCGAACUUUCCUAUCCUCAUCCGUGAAUGCAGUGGAGUACAACCUCGUGUUUGGGCUCGCUAUGAAAAAGGAAUGGAGCGCAGCAUCCCUCUUACUAAUUUGGGUGCCAGUGAUGUCUUCUCAGCCAUCAAGCAGUUAGUGAAAUAA